CAGGGAAGAGUCGACUCUGUUCCCCGGUCCUCGGCAGCCGACCUUUCUGUUCUCUUGGCUGCACUGCCCGGGGGAAACCGGACGAAUGGGAAGACGAAAAACAGAAAACAAACUCUUUGACAUCCAGAUCGGAUCGGAUCGGAUCGGAUCGAGGGAAGGAGUUGAAGAACGAGCCCAUCCUGGACACAAGCACACACUGUGCUUGCUAUCUAGGCAGAGCUCUGCAUUACCAUCGCACAAAAGCAGUACUACAAAAUGCGCGUGCGACUCGUCAAAACAAGAUAGUUACUGUAUUCGGUUUCGGUAUUUGUAUUCCUACUACUCCUAAAAACAGAAACAACACCAACAUCUUCCACCGCGGAACCGAUCCAUAUUCCACGGUGCCGCGGGCCGGCCGUGCCCAAAAAACAAGGCGGUCCGUCUUCAAAGGACGGCGGCAUCGCUCUCGUUCUCGGGAGUCACCCACGGCGUCGUGUCGUCCAGGAGGGCGCGGUGCCGCUUGCGGGACCGGGCGUACACCAAAAGGGACACGAAUCCACCCAUGACCGAGGCCACCGAGAAUCCAAUGGUCCAGGGGCUGACGGGCACCUCGCGCUGCAGGUCCGAGGCAUCGAUCUGCUCCGAGGGGGGGCUCCCGCUGCCCGGGUCGAGGAUGGGCCUCGGGCUGACGAGCUCGACGUCCACCACCGUCGGGAUCGCCGAGGCGUACGCCCCGCUCUCCAUGGCCUCUUCGAUGGCAAGGUAGGCACCGUACGCAGAGGCGUCCGUCUCGACGGGGCCCUUCACCCACACCACAAAGGUGGUUUGCAGGACAAAACAGUCGUUUCCGGCGUCCACGGUGGGUUCGCAGGUGGCUGCCGGCCGUCGGUGCGCACGAAACGAAACAAACCGCAAGAAAGAACGAAACAAAGGCAUCAGAUUGGAUGCAAUCCAACACGAGACACUCGAUACGGAAGAAACCCUCUCCGCACGUUCAAAGAAACGAAAAACACAUCGCUUGCUGCUUACCGUCGGCAAUCUCCUCCGUGUUGGGAGAUACUCUGCCCCUGGUAUCGGGGUUGCACCCGAAAAUGGCAAGUGUCGCGGUCCGGAUCAGGUUGUCCACCAAUUCGGCUUCAAAGACCUCGGUCGAGUUGCUGGUGCUCUCGACGUUGUAGCUCACGUCCAAUGGUACGGGAGUCGCGCUAUUGUCCAAAGGAGACCCCAGCUCAAUGGUGUUUCCUGCCAGGCCGCAGUCGGAAAAUCCGGCUUCGCUCACGGAAACAGUGGGUCCUGCCAUGGAAGGGCUGCCGGUUGGCUCCUCCUCCGGCACGGCACCGGAAUCGCUGGGCGAGAUCGGGGCCGGAGUUGGACGCACAGUCGCCGGAGAAAACGUUCCGAGUGCCGGAGGAAGACUUCCAAUCGCCGGAGGAAAAGUUCCGACCGGGGGGUUCGUUGGCCCAGACGGCAGAGGUGGAGCAGUAGGCAAUGCAAACGGAGGUUGAACCUGGGGUGGAUCGGACACAGCGGGUGGGGUUGUGGCAAAGGGCGCUGCGGUAGGACUAAGAGGCGUGGUGGGACUCGGAGGCGCGGUGGGACUCGGGGGUAGGGUCGGGAGCGCCAUGCUCAUAGACACCGACAACGAAAAGCUCGUGUCCAGUUCCAGGACGACUCGGUGUGCCUCCCAAAACUCGAGCGGGCUACAAUGGAAAAAUAUACAACGCAUGCGAUCAGUGAGAUGCUCAACAAUCGGAACCAUCGCAAGGGGCAGCCGACUUCGUUUCGUACCUUUCUUCCGCAAUCGUGUCGACCUGCCUUCCGCGCUGGACGAAUUCGUGUACUCCUCGAUGCUCUCGUUUUGGAACAUUCGCGUGGCUCCGAUUCUUUCGAAGCGCUUUCCAUCCUCUGUGCCCGUGAACAAACCCACCGCAUUGAAGAACAACAAAGGAAUACAAAAGCUUCAUCGUAGGAUAGUAUGAUUUUCUUUCAACGCGAACUUAAAUGACUCGAAAUCAGAGCUUUCAAGUAUUUGAUGUGAUCGUUGUGGAGAGAGCAAGAGUCCUUCCCAAGGAGGCAAUGGAAUGGAUGCGGUAAGCAACGCUUUAUGAUGUUCUGGUUGCGGCAAAUUGUCUUUCGUUGUUGAAAAGUGCAAAUACGUUGUCAUGAUAUUAAUGUGGCACUUCUCUUAACACACUUUUCAGCACUUCUCCAACUGCCAAAUUCACUCUCCCGCGUUCUUUUUUGUUCCCGUUUGAAUAGGUCUCCUUCUCUUAAGAAAAAAAUCAAGAGAGCUGGUUUCAUCGGUGAAUUGAAAAACAGUUUCUCCGUUUGCAUUCACGCAACCGCCUUUUCCAACUAGCGGCGUACUGUAUUUCCUACGCAAAUUAAAUUUGUCGUGGGGUUGAAAAAUCUUCCAACGAACACCCAGUACGUAGCGUCGUUACAACGGCUGUCUCUGUCCAAUAAUAUAUGUGGGAUUGAUGUUUUAGCUGGCAAUUCGUUGAUUGAUGAAACCACUGCGAUCGACUUUACUGUACUUGUUUUCCUCUCGCUUCUAGUCGAUGGCCAAACUAGGGACGACUCCCACCGGUAGCGGUGAAAAUUUCAGAAUUUAGUGAAUACUGAUACCGGACGUACGUACGUACGUACCGUACGGUUUGAUCGACACUUGAUCUUGCCUAGAAAUACUGUCGUGCGGGUUUCGAAGUUUUAUCGAAUAAAUAAUUAAAAUUACU